AUGGCAGAUCCUCUCAGCAUCGCGGGAUCCGUGGUCGGCAUCACCGCAGCUGGCGUACAAGCCUGUGUCAAGCUGUACGCACUCGCCGAAAAGGUCGCGACAGCGAGUCAAAGAGUCACAAGCAUCGCAGACGAUAUUAGCAGCACAUGCGCUAUCCUCAACCAAGUGCGCGAACUCAUCAUACCUCAGCCUGAUGCGCAAGGCACGCUGAAAUCAGUCUUCAACUCCGUCGCCCUCAACGACAUCUCGCACGCUCUCCGUCGUUGCCGGGCUUCUUUCACGGACAUUGAAGCUCUUUUGCGUCGCGCAUUUGAGCAAGUGGGAAAGCGCCCCGCGCUGCGUUCGAACAUCAAGCUAUCUCGGUUCGAACAAGCCAAAUGGCCGUUCUUGCAGCCACAGUUCGACGAACUCCGCAACGAUUUGCGAGAUGCGAAAGGAAAUCUUGUCUUGAUGAUUGCUGUGGCCAGUCUUGCGCUUGCUCAGCGAGAUGGACGACAGCGACCGAUACAUGAUACGGAGCGACUGGAUCUUGGAUCCACGAUUGUGCAGCUGCACCGGGCGAGCACGGUCAAAACACAACCUCAACAAUCUUUCACGAUUGCUCGAAAUGAGAUGGAGCUACCUCACGCCUCACUCGAGAAACUGGUCAAAACUUACACCGACGAAGGCAAAGAUCCACAUAUUGCAAUGUCAGAGCUCACUCGAGAGCAACAGACCAUGAUCAAAGAAACAACUCCAGAAAAGAUCUGGGAAAUAGCGUAUGUCCGCUUGCAACGCAACAUCAGUGUAUCCAGUGUAUUCGGUACAUUGAACGUUGAAACACUCAAGUGGAUCUUCAAAAUGGAGAUAAAGGAAGCUAAAAUCCCAGCGGGUGUCCCGGGUUUAUCGGGUGGCACCGCACUGCUUUCUCCAUAUAAACCGUCAUCACCACUACUUACACCUCCUGCUUCUUCGACCCCCGAUCUCAAUCACAUGCCUAGUACCGGACGUAGCGAACAAGCCGGUGAAAUACUCAGAAAAGAAGUCCCUGAGGCUCGUUUCAAGUACCUAGUGGGUUCGAAACGCAAGAGUUCCUUUUUAGGGUACAGCGGAAAGUCCUCCACGGCUGCCUUCAAGCCUGGAGAGGAGUCUGUCACACCUGAACCUGAUCCUGAUUUCUAUCCAAUAACGGAUUUAUCGAGUGCCGAGAACCCGGCCCCUUCAACGAUAACAUUGGCCGAUGCGGACGACGAAUCGGACGACGAGCCGGACGACGAGCCUCCCAGCGUUGUUGAAUAUUCUUCGUCUCCACAUCCGUGGGAAGAUAGUAUGCCUUACUAUCCUGAAACGACACAGAAGCCUUCACAGCCUGCGGAGGAUAAUGGACAAGACAUUGUUCAGGAGCUUCUCGCUCGCUGGACGGUAUCGUGA